AUGAGCACUUCUGGGUCAUUAGAAAAAGAAGACUGGCUUGAUUUAGGGGACCUCAACAACGCUGCUAAUUUUACUUUAGAUGAUGCACUGAAUGAUACAGAAAGUCUAAACGAUCCAUUAUUAGAUGAACAAUUUUUAUUUGACGGAGAUUUUGGGUCUGUAUCUAAUUUGGAAGAUUCCGCACCCACUUCUGAUAAUCAGCCGCUAGUCUAUAAGCUUGAUGCAUCCUUUGUUAUACAACCACAUCAAUUAAUCUCUAAUCAAAUUCUUAAAAAUGAGAAGAAAUCAGGACGAGUGAUAGCUGUGGCUGAAAGAAACGGAUGGAUUGCAGUUGUUACUAGCAAAGGACAACUACAUUUAUUCGAUUUGAACGGGAAUCUCAACCAAUUUCAUCGAGGCGAUGAGACAAUGGGCGGAGCUAGUUGUGUCACGUUUUCAUUAGAUGGAAAGUAUCUUGCGAUUGGACUGCAAAAAGGAGCUAUCAAGAUUAUGACAAUUGAUAACAAACUCUACCAUAUUAUCAAUGAAGGCGGUCAACCAGGCCAAGGAAUUGUUCAAGUUCUCUAUACAAAAGACAAUCAUACUGUGCUCACUAUCGACAAUGGAGGAAGUUUUUAUGAAUGCAAAAUAAACAGACAGUGGCUCCAGAAAAGAAAGGAUAGUUUGAGAUGCCAUGUAUCCGGAUGCAAUGGAGAAAUCGUAGCAAUGAAAUUACUACCAGGAGAUGUGAUUGCUCUUCUGUCCGUCCACAAGCUCAUUUUUUAUGUUAUAAAGCCUCGAGGAGGACAAAUUCUCGGUGUUUUCCCCACGAAGUAUGAAUUUCAAUUCCCUCCAGCUUGUUCUUACUGGUUAGGAUGUCCGAAAUCCGAUAAUAAUAAUUCAAGUUCACCUCUGAAUUCACUCUAUACAUCAGAACUGAGAGACUUCAGAAUUUGCAUCAGUAGAGGGCACAAGAUUUCAGUUCUCAGAUUACAUGCUAAUAAUUUCUUCUCAAAAAAGAGACGAGCUACAGUAAUCAACCAAUUUGAUGUGCCUUCCCCACUAGUGAACCUUCACUGGAUGAGUACUCAUGUUGUUGCCGGUAUUGAUGCAAUGGGAGCUGUUUGGCUAAUCGAUCCAGAGAAGAAAACUGCAAAGAAACAGGAGUUGGAAGAUCUUCAACUCAUAUUUUCUACACCGAUUCUUAAAGGAUCUGCAACAGGAGGAAAAGUCAGUGAAGCAGUGAAAGCUGUUGCAGAAUACGCAUGUUAUCAGUCGGUUACUUCGGCUACUUCAACUUCAGAACGAUUUAUCGUGUUGGCGCAUGAUGGAUUGAAGUACCUUGAAAAAGUUCACGAAUGGCAACAACUAGAGAGCUAUAAAGAACGUAAUGACGACAUUUCUGCUGCGCUCUAUCUUCUAGACGUAUGUAGAGAUAAAGUGAGAGCAAGUGAAGAAUUCAAAAGAGAAUCACGUAAUCUACUAGCCGAAAAAACAUCUAAACUACUUACUGAAACCGUUUCUGGAAUCGUUGGAGGACCCUUGUCAGACCUACAAUCUCAUUACCGAAAAUAUAUUCGGGUAAUUUUGAAAGUUUGUGUAACUGGUGGACUUCUCGAGUUUUUGUAUACUACGUGCUGGGAUCGAUUGAGUAUGGACUCUAUUUCUAAGACGGUUUUCCUCGAACAUUUAGAUGAAUACGUACUGGAUGGUGCUCUAAUUGAUCCACCAACUCCACUCGUCAACGAAUAUCUACAACAUUUAGCAUCCGAAGGGCACUUUUCGCAAUUUCAGUCAGCAGUUGUCCGUUUUCCAAUUCAUACUCUUGAUCUUCACACUGUCAUGUCUAUUUGUAAGCAAAAUUCCAUAUACGACGGAAUAAUAUAUGUAAAUAACAAAGCUCUCAAUGACUAUAUAACGCCUCUCGAGGACAUGCUAGCUGAAAUGUCGGAAUUCGCUCACAGAGGAGUGUUUUCGGACAGUGAGCAGAUCCUCGGUAACAAAGUUCUUGUCUAUUUGAAUUGUUGUCUAGCUGGAAUGGCCUACCCAUUUGGUCAACUUGAUGGCGAUAAUCAGAAAAGGGUUCCAUUAGAAACAUUUCGUUGCUUAAGUUCAAUAAGAGGGAAAGAAGAGAAAGAAUCAGAAGAACAGUACCCAUAUUUGAAGUUGCUACUGCAGUUUGAUCCACAACAAUUUUUGAAUGUCGUUAGUACCUGUGCAGAUGUAGAACUCUUCCAAUUGGACAACAGGCUGCAACGUUUUGUGGAUACAAUUGGGCAAGUUUGUGUAAACAUGAAAUGCGAACUUUCACUUAUUCAUUACCUUGCUCUUUUGGUGCAACUCUCUGAACGAGCGUUGAUAGCUUUACCCUCUGAGCCUAUACAGGAUGCAGUGAUCACACUACUCAAAAUGUCUCCAUGGGAUCAGAUUGGCACGGAAGAUGCCAUUUUGGGUGGCUUGUAUCACGCAACACCCGACGAUAAAAGAAGAAUUAUCCGGGCUGCUCAGAAUCCAAUGCGUCCAGUCAUUCUGAGUUUUCUUUAUUUGUCGGAUCGAAAGUUUGAAGAGUUGAUCAAAUGUUAUUUGGAUUCAGAGAACAAAGAAGUUUAUUCUGUAAUCGGUGGAAUUUUGAAAGGUGGUGAACUGACUGUCCAGGAAUCUGCGGAACUCAGAAGUUAUAUUAUGAGUAUUAUGGAGACCUUGUAUCGAAUCGAUGGAUGGUUAUGUGCUAAUCUGAUAAAUGAUCACUUCAGAGAAGUAAUUGUUACAAUGGCUGAGAAUGAAGAGGAAAAAAGGAAACAAGUAUUUCCUGUACUGGCUGGAAUUGCACAACUUAGAAAGUAUGCAAACCAACCAUCGUUUUGCAAUGACAAUGAGCUGGAUGAGAAGCUUUUCGGGAUUGUUUUUGAAGGAAUCUGCAAAAGGUGGCCUAGUUGGAUGCCAACUUCAGAAAAUCCAGAAUCUGUUGACCAUCAGCUCAUUUCGAUGUUCCCAUUUUGGCUUCCACUUGCUGCAAAUACAGAUUCUUGUUUGAAUAUAGCUGUUGGGAAUGAAUAUUGCGUCCGUACAGUUGUCAGACUUCUUGAAGCAAGACACCAUUUGGAAAGAGCCUUCGAUCUCCUUUUCGAGCAACUUGAAAAAAACAAGGAAAAUGAUGAAAGAAUGGCAGAAUGGCUUGACGAAACCAUGAAAUUUUGCUCUCGACAGUCAACAAAAGAUGACAACAGUGAUCGCAUGAUGCGAGUUUUCCAGUUCAUUUCGAAACGAGCUGCACAAGUUGGAGAGGAUUCUGAAAAACAAGCAAAAAUUGACGAAAGCUUGCGAGUAAUGUGUAGACAAAUUCUUGCUACCGGUACCAGAUACGCGAAGCAACUCGUCGAUCAAUUAUUGGAUAGUCCUUCGUUUUCUGGGUCUAGUUUCAUAGAUAAUGGUGGCCUGAUAAUGGAUAUACUAUCUUCGUGUGACUAUGAAGCUGAAAUAUAUCAAGAAAUGAUAUACUUGAUUAGAGAAGAAAACCUUACGUUCGCUCAGAAACUCGAGCUAGAAGUGAGCAGAAGAGCCCCUUUGAUGUACAACUCCCAGUGUAUCACAUGUGAACAGCCUAUGAACAAAAGUGGAUAUGUUUUCCGGUACGAAGACUACCCGAAUGUUGCACCAUUUCUAGCUGUGGAAAACUUUGUAUCUUUUCCGGUUUAUUCACCUACAUUUUGUUUUUCUACAUCUGCGAUUGAUAAUAUUAUGUUCAUGCAGAAGAUCAAGACAAUACUGGCUCGUCUGGAUGAUCUGAUUUCGCGGAACAAACUGCAUGAACAUCCUUGUCUGAUUUCUCAAGCAGGUGCACAGGCCACAAUGCGUCUUGCAUCAAAAUUCAAACUUCGUAGUGAUUGGGGUGCAGCUGUCGAAAUGCCUUUUUGCUUACAUGUCACGGAGAAUGGAUCAUGUCCUCGAACGUAUGAUUAUGAUGACUUGUAUCAACAGGUUCAAUGGCUGAUGAUUCUCGAAGAAGUCAUCUUACCACUAGAUAACAUGGAAGAUAAUGAACUUUCUACGAUUGCUCCUCAUCAACACAGUACAAUUGUUAAAAACGCGAUUAUGGUUUGA